AGCAGCUCUUCCUCCUCCCUCCUCCCCAUCCCGAGAUCGGCACCGCCAGCCAGCCCAUCCACCGGGGAGCUCGGGGCUCCGGGCGUAGAGGCUUGUGUUGCUGUCACAUGGGCGGUGGCGACGGGGCCGCAUUUAAGCGGCCGGGGGACGGCGCCCGCCUCCAGCGCGUCCUGGGGUUCGGUUCCCGCCGGGCAUCCCGUUCUCUCCCCACCGGGGGCCCCGCGCCUCGCCGCACCGCACCGCCCCCGCCGCCGCCGGGCCAUGCGAGCGCGGGCCCCGCCGCGAUGAGCUCGCACAUCGCCAAAAGCGAGUCCAAGACGUCGCUGUUGAAGGCGGCGGCGGCGGUGAGCGGAGGCAGCCGGGCUCCCCGACACGGCCCUGUCCGGGAACCGGGACUGUCUGGCCGCCGGUUAACCGCUACCUGCCCCAGCACGCCGCCGCCGCCGCCGCCGCCGUCCGGGGACCCCAGUUCGCGGAGGCCCCUGUGCAGACCCGUGCGGCGCGAGGAGGGCGCGCGGGGGAGCCGGCGUGGGCUCCCCCAGGCGCACUGCAGGCCCCGGGAGGCGCCGCCGCCGCCGAGCCGCGGGAGGGAUGGGGAGGAACGGGGACUGUCCCCGGCGCUCGGCCUGCGGGGUUCACUGCGAGCCCCGGGCCGCGGGGACUCCGUUCCCGCCGCCGCUGCCGCCGCCACCACCACCGAGGUGGACCCGUUCCUCCACCGGCUGCACCCCAUGCUCAGCUCCGCCUUCGGCCAGGACAGAUCAUUACGGCCAGAGGAGAUCGAAGAGCUCCGAGAGGCCUUCCGAGAAUUCGACAAGGAUAAGGAUGGCUAUAUCAACUGCCGGGACCUGGGAAACUGCAUGCGCACCAUGGGCUACAUGCCCACCGAGAUGGAGCUCAUCGAGCUAUCCCAGCAGAUCAACAUGAAUCUGGGUGGCCAUGUGGAUUUUGAUGACUUUGUGGAACUAAUGGGCCCUAAACUCCUGGCGGAGACGGCUGAUAUGAUUGGAGUAAAGGAACUGCGAGAUGCCUUUCGAGAGUUUGACACCAAUGGUGACGGGGAGAUAAGCACCAGUGAGCUGCGGGAGGCCAUGAGGAAGCUCCUGGGUCAUCAGGUGGGACACCGAGACAUAGAGGAAAUCAUCCGAGAUGUGGAUCUCAAUGGCGAUGGACGAGUGGACUUUGAAGAGUUUGUCCGGAUGAUGUCCCGCUGAGGCCGCAGAGGGCCCCUCCAGGACCGCCAACUCCCACGGGCGGGGAGAAGAGCCGAGCUCGCCUCACCCCGCCGCCGUAGCUGCCGAGAGUCCAGGACGUACUGGCGGAUGGGGCCUGCCUGCACCCCGGGGAGGUGCCCACCCCGGACCCCCACCCCUCCGCACUGUGAAAGACUCACAAACUCCUGCAACUGGAAAAGGGGGGGCGCCCGCCGAUGAGGAGGCCACAGUGCCAAGCCGGCAGAGGUCAUGCCAGGCGCCAAGUGCCACGUGCCCAGCCACUGCUGGCUGGGUGGGCCAGGGAGCCCGCCAGCAGACCCCACACAGCAUGUCUGCCCUAGGGCAAAGCCUGUCGCUGCCCUCCUUAGCUCUAUGCCCGUCCCAGCUCGCCUAGCCCUUUGAUCUCAGAACCAAUAAAAUAUUUCCAAGAGAAUGA